GCUAUGGCGGUCGGGCGGGGCUAGUGCUACGCAGCGACGCGUGUUCCGUGCUGGUUUCGCGACGCGGCGACGAGUGGCUGUCAUCUGUGAUGUGACGCGGCGAUGGCUCUGCACGCCGAAGCCUCCCGGGGCGCCGCCGGCCGCCUGCGGCUGGCCUGCUCUCUCGUCUGCUGUUUCCUCCUCGACCUGUGCUCCGGGAAUCUCAACCUGUACCUCAGCCAGCCCGAAGUCAGGCGCCUUCUCGGUCUGGAGGCGGAGCUGUUCUACGUGCGGGACGGCAUGGUCAACACGUACGCGCUCAACUUCGUGGUGCCCGUGCACCCAGGCAUCGAGAGCCUCCACUUCACCUGGCAGUCGCUCGCUGGACGACCGCUGCCGUACGAGGUGUCGGUGUGGGCGUCGGACCUGGAGGCGCUGUGGCCGCCGCAGCUGAACAUCAGCGCGCGCGGCGAGGUGCCGACGUACGCGCAGACGUGGCGCGUCACGCUGCCCUGCACCGGCCGCGCCGACGCCGAGGUGGACGUGGCGCUGUCCGUCAACGUGACGCUGCACCGCGCCACCAACAACGUCACCUCGCUGCUCUUCCGCCGCCGCAAGAUCUGCCGAAAGGGCGACCCCGAGAGCCAGCAGCCGUCGGUGGUGGUGGAUGCGGCGGCCGCAGUGUCGGAGGCGACGCCGACGCUGGUGUUCUACGUGGCGCUGGGCUGCGCAUGCGCGCUCAUCGUCAUCGUGCUGCUCGCCGUCGCGGGCUGCUACCUCAGGACCUCCAAGGCGCGCCGCCACGGGCACAUCCUGCAGGAGUCGCGCCACGGGUCGGCCAGCAGCAGCGCGGCGGGCCACGCCUCCCUGCUGCCGCCGCCCCCGCCGCCGGCGCGCGCCACGUCGGCCGCCUCCAGCAACAGCUACGCCAGCCUCCGCACGUCCGCGGGGCCGCUGCCCGCCCCUGGCGCCGCCGCCCAGCCGCCGACCGACAUCCACGAGCGCAUCGCCCAGCUCACCAUACAGAGGUGUCGUGUGCGUCUGCGUAGUGUGGUUCUUGAAGGAACAUUUGGUAGAGUGUAUCGUGGUUCAUACACUCAUGAAGAUGGCGUGGAAGAGGAAGUGCUAGUCAAAACUGUGACAGAUCAUGCAUCCCAAGUACAAGUUUCAUUGUUACUGCAAGAGGGAAUGGCAAUGUAUGGCUUCAGCCACAAGAAUAUUUUGUCUGUGCUGGGUGUGUCCAUUGAAGACCACACUUCACCUUUUCUCAUUUAUCCAUAUCAUGGUUACACAAACCUGAAAAGGUUCCUGCAGAAAUGUAAGCUGUGCCCGGAAGGUGUAGCACAUACUCUGACAACACAGGAGGUGGUCGACAUGGCACUGCAGAUUGUGGCAGCAGUGCAAUUUCUGCACAAGAAGCGACUCGUGCACCGUGACCUCGCAGCACGGAACUGUGUUGUCGAUGAGAGGCUGCAUGUGCAGCUCACAGACUGUGCUCUCUCACGCGAUCUCUUCCCUGCUGACUACCAUUGUCUGGGUGACAACGAGAAUCGCCCUGUUAAAUGGCUGGCUAUAGAAAGUCUCCUUCACAACAGCUAUUCACCAGCAUCUGAUGUCUGGGCCUUUGGAGUACUACUCUGGGAGCUAACAACGCUGGCACAGCAACCUUAUGCAGAGAUUGAUCCAUUUGAAAUGGCUGCAUACCUCAGUGAUGGUUUUAGGCUUGUGCAGCCUGUAAAUUGUCCUGAUGAACUGUUUGGUGUGAUGGCUUAUUGCUGGGCAAUGAGUCCUGAUGAAAGACCAACAUUCAGUCAGCUCCAAGUGUGCCUUCAGGAUUUCUAUACACAGUUAACAAGAUAUGUGUAGCAGAUCCAGCUUUGCUUGUUUUGCUGCUACAUUUCUGACAUAUCACAA